AUGUUCAAAUCAACAACCUCACGAUCAUUCAAAUUAUCAAUUUUCUGUCUGUUAUUAUUAUUACUUUUUACUCUCUCGUUGUGUCUUGCUGAAUCCCAAAAACCACAACAAGAAGAAGAAGAAAUCAUCGAUCGAGAAACAUCUCUCACUAAAACACCUCCUAACGGAACGAUUCAACUCGGUGCAUCUACUACUAGUAAAUUAGCACCCAAUGAACAAAUUCUCGCUGAUGACGACGAUGACAUGGAAGAUUAUGACAUGGAUGAUUUUGCAAUUCUCGGAAUGAAUGGCUAUUGA